AUGUCAACAGAAUAUGGUGCAACAACACAACGAUCACACAAAAAUCUUCACAAUGGCCAACAAGAGGCAACAGAAGAACAAAUUACAGAAACAGCUCAAGGUAAUUGCCUUUCAACACCUGUAAUCAACAAUUUAAUAUUAAGGCUAAAUUCAGAAAACCAAGACAAUGAACCUGGGAGCAAUAAUGAAACAACAUAUUAUAAGAUAACUAGCAGAAAGUUUCCAUCAUUAACCUAUGCAAUUAAAGAAAAAAUAGCUACAAUUCAGGGACAAAAAAGAAUUGAAAUGCUUCCAAAAAAGCCCAGCCUACCCAACAAGCUAUGGAAGACAAUAGCAUUCAGCCAAUACAUUAACCUGCAAGAAUUUAUAUACAAAAACUUAAUUAAUAACAUUAAACAAGCGAAUGAAGAAACAGUACUACAAGCAGCAGAAGGAGGUGUUAUAGCUAUCAAAAAACAAAAGCAAAGCACUACAUUUGACAAUAUAUCAGAAUGGUUACUAGCAUUCAAGGCCUACAUGGAUGCAGUGCUAAUAAUUUAUGAAAAUUGUGAACAAGAAUUAAAUACAUAUCGGGACCAUAUAAAUGAGCUAUGCACCAAAUAUAAAUUCUCAGCUGAUGUAGAAUCAGAAGGAAAAAACUUUGAUGCAGCAGCUACAAAAAGAACCAGAGAAGAUUGGCGGCAUAACACUUGGGCUACUACCACAUGGCCCGAUGGCAGAGAAAUAUGCAUCAACUGGAACAGAAAGACAUGCACAGAGGAUAGAAACUGCCGCCGAGUUCAUGCUUGCAUCACAUGUAGAAAACUAGGGCACAGCGAAAAAACUUGUUUUCGCAAGUACCCCGAAUUAAGAAAAUUAGGCCUAACAAAUAUCGACUCUGUAAAGAACGAGCAACCAACUCUUAACAAAAGCUCCAAGUUUAAAUACGAUGCACAAUUUAAAGCGUCUAGAGCAAUAACAUCAAGCAACCCGCUAUCCCAAGAAGAAAAAACGAUAGUAAAACAACUACCUCCCUCACAAUUUAACGUCACAACACCUAUUAACAAAAUAGCAUUCGAUUAUUUAAUUCAAGAUCACCCUAAUUGCCCAUUUAUCCAAUAUAUAAAAGAUGGGUUAGAAUAUGGUUUUAGAUUUAAUUUCUCUGGAAAGCGAACCACAAAAAUACAAGAAAACUUAAAAUCAAUAAAUAUUGAACCGACAGCAUUGACAAAUUACAUAAACAGCGAAAUAGCGAUAGGACGAAUGUGCGGACCUUUUACCAUUGAUGACCUACCAUGCUUAACAUUCCAAAUAAAUCCAUGCGGACUAGUAGAAAAGAAAAACACCAACCCCAAAGUGUACCGAAUAAUAUCCCACUUAUCAGCCCCCUGUGGAACGAGUAUUAAUGAUGGUAUCGACCCUACUGAGUUUACAACAAAGUAUGAAAAUCUCAACCAUGCAAUUAGCUGGAUAACACAAUAUGGUCGCGCUCUCACAUUUGGAAAUCGAGCAUCCGGUGGAAUAUUUUGUCGCUUCGCAGAUGUUCUCACGUGGAUUGCAACAGGUGCACAGCAAGAACUAAAUCAAUUUCUCCGCAUUCUUAAAGUAUUAAAUAUUCCAUACAAACAAUCAAAAUUAGAAGGUCCUUACACUGCUAUAACAUUUUUAGGAAUUCACAUCGAUACUAACACAUUUUCAGCAUCUAUCCCAGAAUUAAAAAAGUCAAAGAUUAUUGAAUUACUUACAGAAUGGCAUAAAAAGAGCAGACCGUUUGUCCAACGAUUUAUUAAAACAUUAGGAAGCACUAACAGUUCAAAGUUCCACAUAAAGAUGACUAGCCCUAUGAAAACAGAUAUAAACUGGUGGUCCAACAUCCUUCCCAAAUGGUCCGGUAUAUAUGUCAUGGAAGACAGAACAUGGAUUCAGCCUAACACACAAAAUUUAUAUACUGAUGCAUCCAACUUGGGUGGUGGUGCAAUGUAUAGUGUAUACUUCACAAUGUUCAACUGGUCACAAACGAUAGACAUAUCAAAACACACAAUUCAAGUACAUAACCAAGCAAACGCCGAAGCUUUUUAUGCUGGGUUCUGCAGGAAUACAAUCAUCAAUGACAUAAUCACAAAGAUGUAUAUGACUCAAAUUCAAGGAAAUUACUCGGUCAAGCUAGAACACAUUGCUGGAAAGGACAACAAAGAUGCAGACCUACUGUCGCGUAAUGGGCACAAACAAUAUAGAGCACAGAACCCCUUUGCACGAUAUUUACACCUAGUAAUACCAGACGAAUAUGCUAAUUUGUCACAAACAACCAACAAACCCAAAAACAAUCUACCACUAAAUGAACAAGCAGCAACAAUAUUAGCUUUGGUGGCAUUUUACAGCUUAGCUCGACUAGGAGAGCUUUUACCUAAAUCACAACAAAACCUAGCUAAAAUACUUACCACAAAGACACUAAAAUUCGAAAGGACAGGUACAAACACAUUUGCAACAAUUCAGCUACCUAGAACAAAAAAUCACAAAAUCGUAGAGCGCCCAAUACUGAUCAUUAACUCAACAAAAGAUGAUCUAUGCCCAAUCCAGGCUUUAAAGACAUAUAUACUCUUCAGAACAAAUCCAACAUAUGCACCAGGAAAAAAUACACUAUUCAUUAAGGCUAAUGGUGAACUAGCAACGAAAAGUUGGUUUAUAGGCCGCCUCAAAUCACUGUUACCUGACGCCAACGUAGCAGGGCACAGUUUUCGCGCCGGAGGUGCUACAGAGCUAGUACUCUGA